AGCAGCGCCGUGGGAAGCCUCUGUCCCCGCCCCCCGAUGCCGCGCCCAUUGGUUGGCCUCCCCGUCAGCCCCGCCCAGCGAUCGCCCCGCCCGGCCCUUACGCAUGCGCAGGAGCCCGCCGCCGCCCGCGACCGCUUCAGCACCAGAGCCCGGACAGCGGCGCCGCCCACGGGCAUGGACCGAGGUAGAGGCAGUACCAGCAGCGUUCCGGCUCCCGGCCCCGGUCCGGAAGGGGAGCAGCGGCCGGAGGGGGAGCCCUUGGCCCCAGACGGCAGCUCCCCGGACAGGUCCCAGAGCAAGGCUGUGGCCCCUGAGGCAAGCCCAGAGAGAAGCAGCUCCCUCCACAGCUGCCCCCUUGAGGACCCUUCCAGUUCUUCAGGACCUCCACCACCAACCUCUACCCUCCAGUCUGUGGGCCCAUCCAGCCCCUUGGCCCCUGCCCACUUCACUUAUACCCGGGCACCACAGGAAUACCGGGGGGGCAGUUCCCUGCCAGGGCUUGGGGACCAGGCAGCUCUGUGCUCCCGUGGCUCCAGCCUCAGUCCCUCUCCAGCCCGCUCACAGCAUGAUGGGGCCUGGAAGCCACCAUCCGUGCAGCACCAUGUGGUCAGCGUCAGGCAGGAACGGACCUUCCGGAUGCCAAAGAGCUACUCCCAGCUGAUUGCUGAGUGGCCACUGGCCGUGCUGCUGCUGUGUCUGGCUGUCAUCCUCCUCUGCACCUUGGCUGGACUCUUGGGGGGCCAGCUGCCCGACUUCUCCAAGCCUUUGCUGGGCUUUGAGCCUCGGGACACAGACAUCGGACGCAAGCUUGUGGUCUGGAGAGCACUGCAGGCCCUCACGGGCCCCAGGAAACUGCUUUCCCUUUCCCCAGACCUGGAGCUCAAUAGCUCAAACCCCCACACCACUCUGAGCCCCACACCCUGGAGCAGUGCCCAAGAGGGCAUAGCCCGGCCCCGGAGGAUGGUGGAGCCCCUGGAGGACAGAGGGCAGGAGAGCUUCUUCUGUGGCCCCCCUGAGAAGAGCUAUGCACAGCUGGUGUUCAUGUCCACCUCAGCGGGCAGCCUAUGGAACCUGCACGCCAUCCAUUCCAUGUGUCACAUGGAACAGGACCAGGUCCGCUCCCAUACCCGCUUUGGGGCUCUGUGCCAGCGCACAGCAGCCAAUGAGUGCUGCCCCAGCUGGUCCCUGGGCAACUAUGUGGCCGUGCUCUCCAACCGCUCCUCCUGCCUGGACACUACUCAAGCAGAUGUAGCCCGCACACUGGCCCUGCUGCGGGCCUGUGCCCUCUACUACCACCGUGGUGCCCUGGUGCCCUCUUGUCUGGGACCUGGGCAGGACAAGCCCCUACGCUGUGCCCAGGUUCCCACCAAGUGCUCCGGGAGCAGUGUAAUCUACCAACUCCUGCACUUUCUGCUGGACAGGGACUUUCUGAGUCCCCAGACUGCUGACUACCAGGUGCCCUCCCUGAAGUACAGCCUGCUCUUCCUGCCCACCCCAAAGGGUGCCCCCAUGAUGGGCAUCUACUUGGACCGCCUCGCUACCCCCUGGGGGCUCUCUGACAACUACACGUCCAUCACUGGCAUGGACCUGGGCCUCAAGCAGGAGCUGCUGAGGCACUACCUGGCCCAGGAUACGGUGUACCCCUUGCUGGCCCUGGCUGCCAUCUUCAUCAGCAUUGCUAUCUACCUGCGUUCUCUCUUCCUCACACUUAUGGUGCUGCUGGGGGUGCUGGGCUCCCUGCUGGUGGCCUUCUUUCUUUACCGAGUGGCCUUCCGCAUGGCCUACUUCCCCUUCGUCAAUCUGGCGGCCCUCAUCCUGCUCAGCAGCGUCUGCACCAACCACACCCUCGUCUUCUUCGAUCUCUGGCACCUCAGCAAGAGCCAGCUGCCCUCUGGGGGGAUGGUGCAGCGCGUGGGCCGAACCAUGCACCACUUCGGCUACCUACUGCUGGUCUCGGGCCUCACCACGGGCGCCGCCUUCUACGCCAGCUACCUGAGCCGCCUCCCGGCCGUGCGCUGCUUCGCCCUCUACAUGGGCACGGCUGUGCUGGCGCACCUGGCACUCACGCUGGCCUGGCUGCCCUCCUCCGCCGUGCUCCACGAGCGCUACCUGGCGCGCGGCUGUGCAGCCCCGGCACAGGGCCCUUGGGCUGGCAGCGCCCCGGGGCGGCUGGCACUGGCGCUGCAGCGGCGGCUCCGCAGCCUUCGGCGGGCCACAACCCGCACUUCGCGCCUGCUCUUCCAGCGUCUUCUGCCCUGCGGCGUCAUCAAGUUCCGCUAUAUCUGGAUCUGCUGGUUCGCCGCGCUGGCGGCAGGGGGCGCCUACAUCGCCGGUGUUAGCCCCCGCCUGCGGCUGCCCACCCUGCCGCCGUCCCGCGGCCAGGUCUUCCGGCCCAGUCACCCCUUCGAGCGCUUCGAUGCAGAGUACCGCCAGCAGUUCCUCUUCGAGCGGCUGCCUGAGGGCGAGGGCGGCCACAUGCCGGUGAUUUUGGUGUGGGGCAUCCUGCCUGUGGACACUGGGGACCCCCUGGACCCUCGCAGCAACAGCUCACUGGUGAGUGAUCCUGUCUUCUCCGCCAGCAGCCCUGAGGCCCAGCGCUGGCUGCUGGCACUCUGCUACGGAGCUCGGAAUCAGAGCUUCUUUGGUGCCCAGCCGCAGGGCUGGCCCACAGUGUGCUUCGUGGAGGCCCUCCGGCACUGGAUGGAGAGUCCGGGUUGUGCCCGCCUGGGGCCUGGGCUCUGCUGUGGCCACUCAGACUUCCCCUGGGCACCCCAGGUUUUCCUGCACUGCCUCAAGAUGAUGGCUCUGGAACAAGGUCCCAAUAGCUCCUGUGAUCUGGGACCCCGCUUCAAUACCCAGGGUGGCCUGGCAGCCCUGGUCCUACAAUUUCAGACCAACUUCCAGUAUAGUCCAGACUACAGCCAGGCCCACCAUUUCUACACUGAGGUCAGCCACUGGCUAGCCGCUGAGCUGGGCAGGGCGCCUCCUGGCCUCCGCCAGGGUUGGUUCACCAGCCGUCUGGAGCUGUACAGCCUGCAGCACAGCCUGAGCACGGAGCCUGCUGUGGUGCUGGGCCUGGCUCUGGCGCUGGCCUUUGCCACCCUGCUUCUGGGCACCUGGAAUGUUCCCCUUAGCCUGUUCUCCGUGGCAGCUGUGGCAGGCACCGUACUGCUCACCGUGGGGCUCCUGGUUCUACUCGAGUGGCAGCUCAACACUGCCGAGGCGCUCUUUCUCUCUGCCUCUGUGGGCCUCUCGGUAGACUUUACUGUUAACUACUGCAUUUCCUAUCACCUGUGCCCACACCCCGACCGCCUGAGCCGCGUGGCCUUCUCGCUGCGCCAGACCAGCUGCGCCACAGCCAUGGGGGCAGCAGCCCUGUUUGUGGCGGGGGUGCUCAUGCUGCCUGCCACGGUGCUGCUCUACCGCAAGCUGGGCAUCGUCCUCAUGAUGGUCAAGUGCGUCAGCUGUGGCUUUGCCAGCUUCUUCUUCCAAUCUCUCUGCUGUUUUUUUGGACCAGAGAAGAACUGUGGGCAGAUCCUCUGGCCCUGCGCCCACCUGCCAUGGGACGCUGGAGCUGGGGAGCCUGGAGGGGAGAAAGCAGGCCACCCACGAUCGGGGCCAAUGGGAGGGCCUCCCGGGUCCUGCUCAGAGCACUACGAGCUACAGCCCCUGGCACGGCGCCGGAGCCCCAGCUUUGACACCAGCACAGCCACCAGCAAACUGUCCCACCGGCCCUCAGUGCUCUCUGAGGAUCUACAACUGCAUGACGGCCCCUGCUGCUCCCGGCCCCCACCAGCCCCUGCCUCCCCACGGGAGCUGUUCCUGGACCACCAGGCAGUUUUCAGCCAAUGCCCGGCCCUGCAGACCUCUUCCCCCUAUAAGCAGGCUGGCCCCAGCCCCAAAACCCGGGCCAGGCAGGACUCCCAAGGGCAGAAGGCUGAACCUGUGCAGGCCCCCUCGGAAGCCCCAGCCCACACCCCCAAGCCCAAGGCUGCAGAGCCACCUGAGUGCCUCUGCUCCUCAGCCAGCACCCUGGAGGGGCUCAGUGUCUCUGACGAGACCUGCCUAAGCACCUCUGAGCCCAGUGCCCGUGUACCAGAUUCUGUGGGUGCCUCCCCAGAGGACCUGGACGAAACUGAGCAAUCAGUACCUGAGCGGGGCCAGCUGAAUGGGAAGCGGGACACCCUGUGGCUGGCACUGAAGGAGACCGUGUACAAUCCGUCACUGCCUGCCUCCCACCAGAGCAGCUCAUCCUGGAAGGGCCAUGGGGGGCCAGGGGAUAGCAGCCCUGUGGUGCUGCCCAACAGCCAGCCAGAUCUGCCAGAUGUUUGGCUGCGCAGGCCCAGCACCCACACUUCAGGCUACAGCAGUUGAGGGAGGCCCAGGACGGCUGGACCAGGGCACAGAGCCUGUCAGGGAUGGCAAGGCAGGGGCAGAACCCGGCUGGAGCCUCAUGGUGUUUCCUCGUGUCAGCAUGGAGAGGUCUCACCUUCUAGCUGUGGAUUUUAAAAACUGCCAGAUGUUCCAGCCUUGAUCCAGGCUGCCGCUUACUUCCCACAUCUGGAGGAUUCAGUGGGGAAGGUCUUUGGAGGGAAAUGCCAAGCUCUCCUUGUGACCUGCUAAGGGCUCGUCUGCCCCACAGUGCCAACCAGGACCCACCCUCUGGAAGGGGGAAGGCCAAAUAUGUAGCUCCAGGUAUUAGGGGAGGUGGACCUGGCCCCCAGGCCAAGUAGCAAGAAGUCCAGUGGAACUAAGGGGCCCAGCUCUUGGGACCCUGUGGGGGUACCUCAGUGAGCAAAAGAGCCCUGAGGAACGUCAGUAGCCUCCUGGGCCUCACACCUUUCAGGGGCUCUUUAAUAGGACACUUUCUUUUCUUUGGGGAGCUUCUCUGGGCCAGUAUUGGGCUGGGGCUUCAAUCCUGAACUGCCCUGCCCCCCUCACACACCCCAGUCUGACCAGAAAUUCGUCAAGGCCGGGCAGAGAUGGCAGCUGGGAGUGAGGCAGGAGGAGGAGCGCUGGCCAGCCUUGGAGCAUCCCUGUUCUACUGAAGGCUUGUACCUCGUGGGAAGCUGUUCUGGCAGGGAAGAGUGGUCUCCCCUUGUUAACAGUCAGAAUCCUUUCCAUCCCUGCCUCUUUCAGUUUACAGAACACUUCCAUACCCAUUGUCUCCUUGGAAUCUCACUUCACUAUGGGGUAGCCUGCAGUUGGCUAGGCUCUUUUGCCCCUAAUUUAUAGGUAAAGACAUCGAGACUAAGUAAAGUUAAGCAAUUUACCCCAAAUUACAAAGCUAGUAAAGGAGAACAGGUUUCCAGACCCACUCCACCACUACAACUCCCACUCUCCUCCUGGCUGCCUACCCCAGGGACAUUGGUCUGUGGCUGUCCUCAUCUUUUACCGCCAGCACCCUGCUGUUACCGGCAUCCUCUGGGGUCUCUGAGUAAACUGCCCUCCCCCCCUUUUAGGCUUCCAUCUCCAGAGAGAGCUACUCUGCGCAAGCCUGGAAUUCCCCCAUCAUCCCUAUGUGUCCUGCCUGAUAGAGAGGCUCCCCUCCCACGCCCAGACACUGAGGACAGCAAUAACUCAGGCCUACCCCAUAGGGGCGCGUGUGAGUCUGAAGCUGUUCCCCAGGUAGGGUUCCCAGCUUCCAAAAGACAGGUCUCUCUGGUGGCCCUCAGCAGACCAAAGGCUGACUCCUCCCCCCCAAAGCAAUGACUCUCUCUGGAAGAUUUAUCCCAGGUGAGAGCUCAUGACAGAAACAUCAGCAAGUUUACUGAAUACCUGCUCUGCAUAUGGUACUGCAAGGGGACAGAGUCAUGGAAGGAAAAUCAACAUCUACCCUCAAAGAGCUCAGCCUGUAGCUGGGGAAACAGCUUAAACGUCUGCACGAGCAUCAGUGGGUCACUGAGGGCAUCUGCCUGUCACCAUCAGUAUUGCUGGAGCUCAAGUACCCAGGACUGGGUAACCAGGAAGGCUUCCUGGAAGAGGGAUGACUUGAGCUAGGCUUCAGAAGUCUUACGUAUCUCAGACUGGAAGGAACCUUAACAAUCAUCUAUUCCAGCAGUUUUCAAACUUUGUAGCCUCAGGACCUUUCUUCAAAGAAUCUUUGUGUAGAAACACAGUAUAUAAAACAUAAAAAACAGCUACUCUGGUGAGUGCUGGGUGGGGGAGGACAGAGCCAGUUCAGCCUCCUUUUCUGCUGUGCCUCUCAGAGGGCCCUGGAGAACCCCUCAACCUCCUGACUCCUGCACAGCAUGUGGUGUGAAAACCCCUGACUCAGGCCAUUUUACAGAUGAGUAUUACAGAGGGGGAGGGAGUUUCCCAGGGACAGUCUGUGGCAGAGCUGGAGACAAAUUGGGCUGUUUUGUUUUUAUCCUAUAUUGUGGAGACCCGCCUCGCACCCCAAGCAGCCCAUGAAAAGUGGGACAGAAACCCAAAUGAGACAGGCAUUGUGGGAGAGACAGAAGACUGUGGACAGGGUACUUUGCAAGAUAAAUAACUCCCACCCAUUUGACUCGACACCAGGAAGUGGAGGGAGUGAGUCGGACCUGACUUGGACCUGUGCCCGUGGGGGUCUGCUUGGGCCCCUCUCUCCUCAUGUCCAAAUGGAAUUGAGCCUCUCUGGCUUCGGGCUGCUCCUCGGGGUCCUGACUUCUCGGCACCACAGACCAUGUCCUUCUGUUAUCACACAGCCAGGCUGAGAGAGCCCUGGCCUCACCUGGGACAGUCAGCCAGAGGGAGGACAGGUAAGCCCUUCCUCCUGAGCAUGAGCAAAGUCUGGCCUUGACUCAAAAGAGAGUCCAGCAUUGUCAAUACUUCUCAGCAACUCACUGAGGUUCUUCUGCCCUGUGCUGUGGGAGGGCCCCCGGGACCUGGACCAGAAAGAACCUGCUCCUCUACACCCUCUUUUGUGUCUUUCUGGGGCAACAUUGGUGUCUGGGACUGGAGCUUCCAAAGCUUUGCCAGAACACAACCACUGAAAUGUGAGAGCCAGGGCACGGGGUGGGCACCAGGGAUUUGGGCACACCUGAGGACCUUAUCGGGGAUUUCUGGGUCCCAUUCAUCCAGGCCAUGGCCAUACAACCCUACUGGACGGCAGAGGAGCCACAGAAGCUGAUGUACUGACUGGAUUUGUUCUGUGUGCCUCUGGGCCCAAAGGACUGGAAGAACCCAGUGGCAAUCAAAAACUUCACCUCGUACCAAGAAUGGCCUACACCCAACAGCAGACACCCCACUUCAGCGGGUAAUCCAGCCUGCCUCCCUAGCCCCAAUUUUGGAAAGCAUGAUUUAAAGCAUUUUCUAUUUCCUUUGAGUUUCCGCGGAUCUAGUCACUUUGUUAUUAUUGUAGGUGGUUACAAUCAGCCAGUGGCCCAGGACCUGUGGGGAGAGGCUUAGACGCAUGCUGUGAGGCCAGGGAAAACCAGUCAAAGCAUUCACAUUUGGUCUGGAAAAUUCAAGAAAUGGUCUCUUACCACUGAGACACUUUAAAAUACAACUACAUUGACACUCAUUUGGGACUUGAGAGUGUUUCUCCUAUUCGUGUCACAGAUCCUUGAACUCACAGAUUAUGUGUGGUGUGUUUUUAACAUGUAACUCGGUAUAGUUUGUUACUGUGGGAAAACCUGUCCUUCCAUGGCUGUGGCGCUUUUGUGACAACGUUAAACAGAGAUUGAUUUGACUCUCAGAAUCUUAGAUUCUGGCACAUGGCAUAUGCUAUACCAUGGUAUUUAGGCAACAUCCCAGCUUGAGCCUGAUUCUGAAAACGACAUCUCAUAAGAGAUUUAUAAGCCAAACUUGCUCAGCCCCCUGCAUCUCAUUCCAUUCUUCUCCCAGUGAAUGACGGACAGGGAGGCAGAGGAGGGGUAUCAAGAAAGACGAUACAUUGAUUUACAGCCUUCAGCCGUUGUCUGGAGAAUUCCUGUUCUUUUAUUCCAUGGUGGCCUCAUCUCGGCUUUGGAUAAUACACAUGGCAAUGCCAAGCCCUCUGGCACCCCUGCCAUGCAUCAAGAUCCCGUUUGCUUGGGGAUAGGAAAAGCAGACAUUCCUCACCCUUUCUACCCUUACCCUUGUUCAUAGGGGCAUCGGUAACUCAAGGAGUGGAGGUAUUUAUGUUUAAGAGAAGAAAUUGUAACACAAUUCACCAGGAAGAUGAGAAACAAAAGAAAGCCAUUAUGUGCUAUGUAAACGGCUAGCUGUCCCAGGCCACCUUCGCUGAAGAGCCCU